CUAAUGACUGACAGUAGCCGCACAACCAGGAUCGCCUCCAGUAGGAGCAUCCCAAAUUGAGUGUCAGAAGGCGACCAACAAUGUCGUACAAGGUGGAGACUGUGUUGAAAAAUGUGGCGUCCAAGGUCGGGGAAGCACCUCACUGGGACGACGCUACUCAGACGUUGUUGUUUGUCGACAUCAGCAACGGCCAGAUCUUCAGAUACAACCCCGUCACCGGCACCAACGACAUGAUCCAGCUCAAUGGAACUGUAGGGUUUGUCGUGCCCCGCAGUAAAGGGGGUCUGGUGGUGGGACUGGAUCUCACCUUCUCAGCUGUUGACUGGAACACCAAGACCGUCACCAAGUUGGCGGAAGUGGACCCCGGAAAAAGCAACAACAGGAUGAAUGAUGGGAAAUGUGAUCCAAAAGGACGUCUGUGGGGAGGUACAUGGAGUAAAGAAGCUGAGCAAGGCAACCUGUACUGUUUGGACAUUGACGGUACACUGACCAAGAAGGUUGAGCACGUGACAGUCUCUAACGGCCUGGCGUGGUCUCCGGACAACACCACCAUGUACUACAACGACUCGAGACCACACAAAGUGUACGCAUUCGACUACGACAUCAACACUGGAAAUAUAUCCAAUCAGAGGGUGGCUGUAGACUUUGACGCCGUGCCGGAGUUUAAAGGCAACGUCCCCGGCCCUGAUGGCAUGACUAUUGACACGGACGGCAAUCUGUGGGUUGCCUGCUUUAGAGGUGGAAUGGUUGCCAAAUUUGAUCCUAAAACAGCGGCACCGCUCCUACAGGUUUCCCUGCCAAACGCUACAAAGAUCACGUCCGUGGCGUGGGGAGGGAAGAACCUAGAUGAGUUGUACGUGACCAGCUUGAGAGAAGGAAUCCCAGAGAGCGAGUUCCAGACAACAGAAUCGCUAGCAGGGUCGUUGUUCAGAGUUACCGGACUUGAUGCAAAAGGCAGCCCAGCUAAUAUCUACCAGGGAUGAGGGUAGCGAGCGACAGGGACAGAAAUCAAUGAGAGACCAUCUUCCCGAGGCAAGAGUGUUAUAUGACUAUAAGUCCAGUUUCCACCCUUGCCGAACUGGGAUGGAAUUCCUGGGCUCGAUCGUAACACCACCAGUGAAGCGCAUCCAGUCACGUGAGCACCUUGAUUAAAAACAUGAAAAGAUUUGGAAAUUAACUGUUGACAACAAGUUGGCGGUGCACAUGCUUUACAAAUACUGCAAUCGACCGAAAUCUGCAUGACAGUUCACGAACCGGAUUUCGAUUUCGUUGCGCGAUUUUGAUUGGAAUCGUAAGUCCAGCCAAAAUAUAACUCCAUAAUACAAGCCUAAUUUGGCAAGAGUGAAAACUGGAUUUUUAUAGUCAGUUAACGCCCUUGCCUGGGGAAGAUGAUGACAGACAAGAAAACCCUCAAUAUAUCCGUUUCCAAUCUGUUUUGUUUUGACCAUUGGGUAGAUUUGUUAUAGACAAUUAUAUUUAUUUCUUUAUGCAGUUUAUUCAAACUUUGCUCAGACAUUAUAAGAACUCAAUUAUCUACGCUUCCACUAUACGUGUACCUAUCUUGUCAGCACAGGCACCUGAUAGAGUAUACCCCCUGUGGCUGGCUUAUUGCGAAUAAACACUACGGACAAUUAAUAAACUGACGUCCAAUAGAAACUUUCCCAGA